UGUGUGUGUGUCUGCGGGCUAUGUGUGGCUUCCCACCCCUUCACACCGUGCUAUCUCCUCCGGAGCACCGAGACGCACAGAGACGCGACUCCGGCGCGCAGCUGCUCCACGUUCCCUCUCUUUGGUGCUUCGCCCUUCCAGAAAACAAACGACUCGCUGUUACCUUGCUGCAGGGCUUCCUGUUCUUUCUUCCUUCUCUCGGUUCCUCUCAUGCCGACGUUAAGGCGGAGGAUACGGGGCGACCUGUGAUCGACCAAGCUUCAAGCUCAAUGAACAUGGCGUGUAUUGGGGACGCAGACCCUUUCACCGCUGCCAUACCUGCCACCAAAGUUGAACUCACGGUUUCUUGUAGAAACCUCCUGGACAGAGACACAUUCUCCAAGUCUGAUCCAAUUUGUGUACUAUACACUCAAGGAAUAGCCAACAGGGAAUGGAGAGAGUUUGGCAGGACAGAAGUCAUAGAUAACACCCUCAAUCCUGACUUUGUCCGCAAAUUCAUCCUGGACUAUUUCUUUGAGGAGAGGCAGAAUCUACGCUUUGACUUAUAUGAUUUAGACUGCAAGAGCGACAACCUCUCUAAACACGACUUCCUGGGCCAGGCUUUCUGUACUCUGGGUGAAAUAGUCGGCUCCCUGGGAAGCCGCUUGGAAAAGCCUUUAAUUGGAAUCCCAGGGAGGAAAUGUGGCACCAUCAUAGUCAGAGCAGAAGAGCUGAGCAACUGCAGAGAGUCAGUGAUGCUCCAGUUUUGUGGCAACAAGCUGGAUAAGAAGGACUUCUUUGGAAAGUCUGAUCCUUUUCUUGUCUUUUACCGCAGCAACGAAGAUGGAUCGUAUACCAUCUGCCACAAAACAGAAGUGGUGAAGAAUACUCUGGAUCCUGUGUGGCAGGCUUUUAAAAUCCCUGUCAGGGCACUGUGCAACGGGGACUAUGACAGGAGCAUUAAGGUGGAGGUGUAUGACUGGGAUAGAGAUGGAGGCCACGACUUUAUUGGAGAGUUCAGCACCAGCUACAGAGAAAUGUCCAGAAGCCAGUCACAGUUCCAUGUCUAUGAGGUGCUAAAUCCAAAGAAAAAAGGAAAGAAGAAGAAAAAAUACCAGAACUCAGGAACUGUCACCCUCCUGUCCUGCCUGGUGGACACUGAGCUCUCCUUCCUGGACUACAUCCGAGGCGGGACUCAGAUUAAUUUUACAGUGGCAAUUGAUUUCACAGCAUCAAAUGGCAACCCGUCCCAGCCCACCUCGCUCCACUACAUGAGCCCGUACCAGCUGAACGACUAUGCCAUGGCGCUGCGGGCCAUUGGAGAAAUCAUCCAGGACUAUGACAGUGACAAGAUGUUUCCUGCACUGGGGUUUGGUGCCAAGCUUCCCCCAGACGGACGCGUCUCACACGACUUUGCACUGAAUGGUAAUCCACAGAAUCCAUACUGCAAUGGCAUUGAGGGGGUGAUGGAGGCCUAUUACCAGAGUCUCAAAUCAGUGCGUCUCUACGGACCCACACACUUCUCCCCUGUUAUUAACCAUGUGGCCAGGUAUGCGUCAGCAGUGACAGACGGUUCACAGUACUUCAUCUUGCUCAUCAUCUCCGACGGCGUGAUCACAGAUAUGGCACAGACCAAGGAGUCCAUAGUCAAUGCUGCAUCUCUGCCCAUGUCAAUUAUAAUAGUCGGGGUUGGACCAGCAGAAUUUGAUGAAAUGAUCGAGCUGGACGGGGAUGAGGAGAGGAUCUCAUCCCAAGGACGAUACGCCGAGAGGGACAUUGUUCAGUUUGUUCCUUUCAGGGACUACAUCGACCGACGAGGAAACCACAUCCUCAGUAUGGCUCGUCUAGCUAAAGAAGUACUUGCCGAAAUCCCUGACCAGUUCCUGUCUUACAUGAGGACCCGAGGAAUCAAACCUGGGCCCUUGCCACCUCCUUACACCCCAUGUCCACCACCAGCUAUCCACCCCCUCCUGGCCAGACGGGGCCUUGUCCCUCCCACCCCCUCGCCACCACUUCCACGUUCCACUAAGAACAGACCCAUCACACACCUGAAAGCCUCCCACACUCCUGUGUUGUGAUCCCUCCACCUGCCUUGACUCAAAAGGAAGCUGUGCUCCCUGGGAGUCUGGUCAAAUCAAAUACAGCAGGGACUUGUACCAGCCUUACUCUUGUCAGAUAACAUUCAUAGCACCGCGUCCUCUGUGGGUUCUGGAAAUGCAGAUCUCCAAGCCCAGAAGUCAAAAACACACAUCUCACUACCGAACUGUUACAUUUUAAAGUCUCCUUAUUUUUAUGGAAUAACAUUGUACAUUUGAAGCAUUUUUUUGUUUUGUUUUACGUCUCUCUACCUCUCACUUUGUUUAGUAUUGCCAAAAAAUGUUUAAAUAACAAUGUGUUGGUGUGUCAGUGAGUUUUGGUAAGUCUGUGGAGUUCACAGUUAUAUCUUUCUCACCAAGUAUUCACAAAAUAUUUGCCAAACUGUAGGAUGAGAAUUAUAGCACUUUGGUUGCUAUCAGAUCAGGUGACUUGCACCUGUGUGGUAACAAUACACUGUGAAUAUGUGCAGAGAAAUCAGUGAACCAACAUGCACUAAUGCUUUUGUCUUAACAGCAACCCACAUGGAUCAAAGUAGAAAUUGUGAGCAGUUUUUAGUUCCAUGUUGUCCAGCGGCAUUGUAACUAAUAGUUGAAGCCUGUACCGAUCUGGAAACCCUUAGGUUUGGAAGUAUGUAGCUAAUCAUCUCCUUUAAGGAAAAUUCGUAUUUUCUUAAUCAGACUGUCACCUCCUGAAGGGUUGGAGUACUUUGUUACUUGACUGCAGCAGUUCCCAGCUUAGACUCAAAACAGUUACAGCAGAUACCACUGACAGGUUCCCUGUUUUCACAUCGGCUCACAUCAGAAAUUACCUCAAAUCUGCAACAUGCAUAGAAGGAAUCGAUACAGCUAUAAGUCAGAUUAUGGCGUAUUUCUUUGACUGACAUAACACAUGUUAAAGUCCUUCUCUCAAACAGCAAUGAAGACCUAUCCACACAAUUUAAGUUCCAAUAGUUUUAGUUAUUUUACAUGAUACCUUUGUAUAUACUGUAUGUGUUUUUGUUUGUGAAAAACAAACGAUCAUACUGCAUGUACCCCACUCAGUUUAGCAACAUACUGUAUGAGUCAGAAUUAUUUAGUAAAUUAUUUAAUGUUAUACAGGAAAACCUGAGAUGUGAAACUGUUUUUCUGAGCUGUAAUCCAUAACACAGGCUCUGCUCUGACUACAGAUUACAUCAGCAGAUCACUACUGAUUAGCUUGGACAAAAUGACUUCCUCUCUCAGACAGAAUCCCAUUAGCACAAUGUCAGAUUGAAUAAUGAAGUGAAAACAAAACGGCUGCAGAGUGUGAUUAUCAGGUUAAUAGUAACCCAACUUUAUGGUGACAGAAAAGUAUAAACAUGUUAAUAGAAAGCUUUCAAAUCUAUCUUACGGCAUAAUCGUGGUUUGUCUGUCUAUAUGUUCAGAAUAUUCAACAUCCAAAAACUCUAUUCACUUAUAUAUAUGGCAAAAUACAGCCAAGUAAACAGCUUUUGAUUGUUGCUAGCAUAGUUACCUGUUUAUGUCCGCCACUGGCAACUGCAGGAGCAAGUGCAGCUUCUUUUUACAGUCAGAUUUUUGGUUGUUUUCAAAACGUUUCUAGGGAAGUUGAACCUUUUUCCAUGAUAAAACUGGGUCAUCACUGGAAUCCAAUGUAACGUCUCUGAAUCCAAGCUACCUGCAGCUGCUGUCCUCUGCUAAGGAGUAACCUUUCCAAUAUUCAAUAAUCAAGACUUAGUUUUUCAGGGCAGUAUUCCUUUAAAAAUGAGGAAACACUCCAAAUCCCAAACAGAUUUUUGCACUGUCACUUUUAGCCAAAUGUUGAGGUGAAACAGCCCUGGACAAAGAGCCCUGCUGUUUUUCCAGCAAUGUGUAUAUAAAAACCUUCCAGUGUUACUUUAAGCAGAGCAUAAACCAUUUCCUAUCAGAGAAGCAACAGAGACCCCUUAUUGCUUGUGUAAAUGUGUGCGCAGUGUUUAUACAUUUACUCUCUGUGUUCUACCAGCUGUAGAUCUUAUCAUACUUUUUGGGCCCUAUUCAGUCAAGGAAUCGGUGUAAAAGAAGGUUUACAACAUUUUUCUAAACUCACACCUCAAAAUCAUCUUGGCUCGGCUGUUGAUGCUUAAUUAAAAUGUCUAAUUAUGAACCGCUUGUAAAAUGUUUUCUCAGACAUUUAUACACCAAACAGAUUCUUUGCCUUUUUUGUGUACUGGUCAAUAUACUGUCUGGUCAAAUCCACUUCUGUACUGCUGAUAUAACUAUUAAUGUUUUAUACUGAGGCCUGUAAUCAUAUUUAAAUCAUGACUAACAGGCCUUAUUUAUACAUAAGUUAUUCAUAUUUAAAUCAUGAAUGACAGGCCUGUAUUUUUUUUAUAAGAGUGGUUAGAUAAAAAUGUAUGUUUCAUGUAAAAGUAGACCUAGUGAUCACUCUGUAGCAACAUAUUUCUGCCAAAUUUGAUACAUUAAGUGUAGCAUCUUAUUGUUUGCUGAGACUCAUCCCAGGAAAGCUGGUUAUUCAGUUUGACUGAAUAGGGUCCCACAGUGUGGGGAAAGGAGGUCUGAUAGAGCUUCUACUCUUCUGUAUUGUUGGUGUGACAGCGGGGAUGCCGAACCGCACAAUGUAGCACUUGUCUGGUGUUGGACUGAAACAACACCAGACUAAACCAGAUCAGACCAGAUAAAGCAGGAACUGACUACUGACUUUUUAUAUGUAAAUGCAAAUAUAUAUUCUGUAUAUACUGUACUGAUGUUUUUUGGAGAGUUGACUUGCCGUAACUCUGUGACUCUUGUUCUCAAACACUAAGCAGGGCCUUUCACUCAUAUAGCACAGCAAGAUGCCAGCUUCAUCUCACACACACAGUCUCGUAUAUAAUGUACAUCCGGUAUUUGUAUAUGAAACAUGCAUUACACGUACAAAACAAGGUGAGGGUUGAGUGAAAAUUGACUGGUUCUUUCUUGUUUGCUCAGAGAAACAGUGGUUUCAGAGCUAGAGUCUGGAACAGUGUAUCUCACUGUUGUAUUGCAGGAUUUCUCAACAUUUUAGCUCCGUGACCAUAUCCUGAAGUCCCAGGUGUCAAACUGCAAUGUCAAACUGUUUUAUGCCAUAUAUUCUGUUUUCAGGGAUUUGGAGGUAUUGCUCAUGAGAAAAUAACAGACAUGCUCAGAAAUGCCCAUCUCAUCAUACUGUGUCAUUUAGAAAUGGACUCUGUGGCCUGUGGAUCAGGAUCUACAAAAAAAAACAUGUGGCCUUUUGAUCAUUGCUGAAAUUUUCACCGAACAUAACUGAUGAUCUACAAUAAUGAAACCAACUAACCAUUUGCAAAGCACAACUUCUAUUAGUUUAGUUUAUUGUCUUUUUAUUUAACCUUUAUUUUACAAGGCCAUCCCAUUGAGAUCUAAAUCUCUUUUUUUAAGGAAAAUCCAAAGCUUGACAGGCCUAAUGCAGAUCGUUUCAAAGCUGUUCAAAGGAACGUUAUAACACAGUCAGUUGAUAAAUUCUUUUUUAUUUGACCGUACAAUAUAGAUCGGAAAGCAUGUAGAUCUUUUCUUUUUCAUAGAAACCAUAUGGAGUUGGCUUUUUUAGAUGCGACCGCAGUGUGUGAAAUCACUGUUCCUCUGAGGCUGUGUCAGUGUAGGAGUAACAACCAAAAGCAUUUAUUGUGUAGGACACUUCGAGGCAAAAAACAACCUGUGUUGGACAAAAGCUUUAGUGAAGACAGCUUCCACCUCGCUGCCUCCCACCGCUCAUCGUUCCAUCUGUGUCACUCUGAUGCGGCGGUACAUGUCAGCAUGCCAGGCCGUAUGAACGCCCAUGUAAUCUUCACACAUACAGUAUAACAUAAAAGUUGUUUACUUAUAAUAUUAACAAAGUUGUAUAAUUGAAUGCUCGUGAUGUUUUCUCCUGAUGUUUUUUUAUAGCAUGCAUUGCGUUUGCAUGUGUAGAUCUUUUCUAAAAAUGAUGCGUCAGUGGGUUUAAAAAAAUUGUAGUAUAACAUCUUUGCGUGUUAUUUUAUUUCAGAAAGCUUUUUUGCCUUAAGUCUCACUGAUCAGUCUCGGAAUUGUGCAAUGCCUUCAGAUGUUUCUUGUGACGACUCAUUCUUGUACUCUGAAUUUUUUAUUUUGAUUUAUUUUUGUGUACAUUCAUGCACAGCCCCUCCUCUGGACUCGUUCCCAGUGAUAAUAAGUAUCAAAAGGGAGAAUGAUGCUAACAGGAAAAAACUGGGCUGUCUCGCUCUCUGCAAAUAAUUCCAGCCUCAUAUGACUUUGUUUAAAAUAACCACAGAUCUGUGUUUUAUCAUAAACUAAAACUGCCCAAAUUUAUUAACUCCUUUUUCUUUCACCCUUCAUGUUGGGUCAUUAUCCUUGGCUUUUGCAUGAUGCUGGUGAUUAAAAAUCUAAAAUUAUUUGUCCUUAAUAUUUACUGUUUGAAUCAGUUGUUGCGAUUAGUGGUAAUACAAGACAGCACAGGUUUUACUGUUCAAAUAGGAAAUAUAGAAAGGACUAAAGAUUGAUUUAAAAUAACUAUUUAUGUAAGAAUUGAAAUCUAA